AUGCCGGGCUCACUAGCAGACUACCUCGCCAAGAACUACCUCAAUGCAGAUCCAGCCCCAGACCGGCCCAAAAAGAAGCGCAAGAAGACCAAAACCACCGACACCGCCGGCGACGGUCUAAUCAUCGCCGACGACGACGCCCCAGUCUUCGGCAACGCCCGCCCCCUCGAAGAUGACGAAUACAAACCCUCAAUCGACACAUCCAUGACAAGCGCUGAAUUCCGCCGCACCAAGAAAUCCGGCUGGAAAACCCUCGGCGGAUCCACAACUGCCCCUCAGCCUUCCGACCAAGAAGCCGCAGAUGCAAUCCUCGCCUCAGCAGCAGCCGAGCGGGCAGCCCGACAAGCCGACGAAGACGAAGACGCGCCGAUGAUCGAAAACGGCGACCACGACGAGGGUCCACGCAUGGAAUCCGGUGUCCGCGCUGGCCUCCAAACAGCCGCCGACACAGCAGCGAUGGUAAAAGCGCAAGAACGGCGCAAAAAGGCCGAAGAAGCACUCUACCGCGAUCCCGCCGCCGCAGACGCCAAAUCCAAAGAAACAAUCUACCGAGACGCCUCGGGCCGAAUAAUCAACGUCGCAAUGAAACGCGCCGAAGCACGCCGCGCGGAAGCCGAGAAGAAAGCUAAAGAGGAAGCUGCCCGUGAAGCGCUCAUGGGCGAUUUCCAGCGCCAGCAGCGUCAGAGCAGGAGGCAGGAGCUAGAAGAGAUUAAGGCUAUACCUGUUGCGAGGGGCAUUGAGGAUGAGGCGUUGAAUGAGGAGUUGAAGGAUGUGGCGCGGUGGAAUGAUCCUGCGGCGCAGUUUUUGACGGCGAAGAAGGGUCCUGGUGCGAGUGUGACGGGUAAGCCGUUGUAUAAGGGUGCUUUUCAGCCGAAUCGGUAUGGGAUUCGGCCGGGGCAUCGGUGGGAUGGGGUGGAUCGGUCGAUUGGGUUUGAGAAGGAGUGGUUUGCGGCGAGGAAUAAGAAGAGUCGGUUUGAGGCGUUGGAUUAUCAGUGGCAGAUGGAUGAGUAG